GCCAAUCCACCACCUCGACAAGGCACUGCGUCUUGCGAUUGACCUGGAGCAGGAUCAAGUGCCGCCUAUAUACGCGAAGAAACAUUCAACUCAACAGCCAUGUAUUUCUCCACUACUGCCGCUACCUUCGCGCUCUUCUCGCUCUUUACCGUCUCCCUUGCGCAAACAUUCACAUCAUGCAAUCCCAUGAACUCAACCACCUGUCCGGCGGACACUGCGCUAGGUGUUGCCAACUAUACCAUCGACUUCACCCAGAGUAUGAUGACGGAUACAGUAUGGAACGCUACCGCAGGCUCAGUUACCUACGGCGAUGACGGCGCCGACUUCACAAUUAACGUUCGCGGCGAUGCUCCUACCGUCCAAACAAACUUCUACAUCUUUUUCGGCCAGGUCGAAGUCUGGCUCAAGAUCGCCAAAGGACAGGGCAUCGUAUCGUCCAUAGUGUUGGAGUCUGAUGAUCUCGACGAAGUGGACUGGGAGUGGAUUGGAGGUAACGACUCCUACGUCCAGACCAACUACUUCGGCAAGGGCAACACCACAAGCUUCGACCGCGCCGCAUGGUACCCAGUCGAUGACCCUCAAGGCGGCUUCCACAACUACACCGUGGACUGGACGGCUGAGAAGCUGGAAUGGUUCAUUGACGGCCAGUCGAUCCGCGUGUUGAACUACUCCGAUGCCAACGGUGGCAAAAACUUCCCCCAAACGCCCUGCAACGUCCGCCUCGGUAUCUGGGCCGGCGGUGACCCAGCGAAUGCCAACGGAACCAUAGAAUGGGCCGGUGGCGAGACCAACUACAACGAUAGCCCAUACACCAUGACCGUGAAGAAAGUUCGUGUGACCGACGCGAGCAGAGGAACAGAAUACGUCUACGGCGACGAAACGGGCAGCUACACAAGCAUCAAAGUCCUCAACGAUACCACACCAAUCAAGCUUGACGGUGAAGACUCCACGUCCGCCGCGAAAACCAUCAAACAAAAAUGGAACGGUCUCCCACAAACCACGAAAUACAUCAUCAUCGGCGUCGUGGGCGGCGUGCUCUUAAUCGUCGCCUCAGUCUUUGCUUUCUGCUGUAUCCGCCAACGUCGCGCCGGGAAGCACGAGAGGCUGAUCGAGGACGCCAAGUACGAGAAGAACGCGGCUGAAGUGCUGGCCUACCGUGCCGACAUGACGAAGAUGCGGUUUGACAAGUCCAAAGGCCCUUCAGUGCAUGUUUCGCCCAUCAUCGGCAAUGGAGGAGCCGCCUUUCAGAACUAUGGGCAGACUCAACCUAUGAUGGGCGGCAUGAGAAGUCCUGGUCCACAGUAUGGACAUGGGCACAAUGUCAACCCAUUCGGUGGUGCAAGAGGAUAUCAGAAGUUCUAGAGCACUCGAUGCGCACAAUUGGAUGGGACUUGCACCAGGACCAUAUUGUAGCACUGCUUUUUGUCGUUCAAAUUUUCGGCUAGUCACCCGUCAUUUUGUACAUUGUUG